AUGGUACCACUUUCCUCGAAUAGAUUAUCUGUACCCGAUGACACACCGACAUCAUUCCACACAGAGCCGAAAACCUCCCUCGGUCGACAUUCUUCCAUACCUUCCCCACGAGAUUUCUCUAGAACAGCACAAAAUCAGGCAUUUCACCAAGAGUUGGGGCCGAAUUCACAGGAGAGUAUGGGCUAUAUGACAAAUUUCGCUCCCAUGAGUUCCGAACCUUUCAGAUCCAAAUCUCUGUACCAGGCAGUCUCGAGUUCUGCCAUACCCUCUCGUGGUACCGGGUCAUUUGCCGAGCCAGAAAUUGACUCAAACGAAUUGGAUUUCUCGCCUUUGCCACAAGUUCUCGCGAACACACAUAACGGAACCUCAAGCUAUGAUUAUCUGAACGUCCCAAGUUCAGAGGGGGGAAGCUGGAAUCAAAUUUCCAAUCCAACCCCAAAGUCGGGAAUAGUCAACUUCCAACAUUUCGAUCAAUCAUAUAUUGUUCCCGUUCCGAUACAAACUGAAAAUUUACAGUCAUUCGAUGUCAGUAGAUAUCCAACAUUUCAUCCAACUGUUGGGAACAAUGGGAUGUCAAAUUUCGAAGAUACACCAGAUAUAUUGUUUCCCCCAGAGAUACCGGACGAUCAAAGUCGAAAUCAAAAUUAUGGUGUGGCGGAUGAAUAUGCUGGGUCCUUCUAUUAG